AUGGUAGCAAGUAACGUCGGCCUUGGAGAAAUGGCUAACAGGUUGGCAACAGGAUUCUCGCUAUUCCUCUCAUUCAUGAUAGAUAAGCUACACCAUUACAUAAGGGAAUUACGCUUACUCAGGAAAACUAUGGAGGCUGCAAAGAAACAGAACCGAGGUUUUGAGGAUAGUAAGAAUGGCAGUGCAGAUGAGCUCAAAGCCGUUGGUGAGGAGAUUUCCACAUUGAAGACAAAGAUCAAGAAGCUGGAAUCUGAAUGUGAGACAAAAGACAAAGAGGUGAAGGCUGCUGAAUCCAAUUCACUGGCUUUUAAAAAUCAAUCUGCAGGAUUCCUUCUUGAAUAUGACCACUUGCUGGAGGAGAAUCAAAACCUUCGAAAUCAGUUGCAGUCAAUUGACCAGAGCCUUCCCCAUUCUGAUGGCAAAAAGAAUAUGUAA